AUUUAUAAAAAUUACUUGAAAAUUAACUAUCGUGAGAAUUGUAGCACGUGGUGACAGCGCAAUAAUUUCCAAACAAAUUUUGCAAAAAACUUAAUAUAUAUUAAUAAUUAAAUAGCGUAAAAUGGUAAUAAUGAAAAAUAAAAAAGUUAAGAAACCAUUUAAGACACGAAAGUUUCAAUAUAAACCUGAAGUUGAGGAAAAUGAUGACGCUAACGAGGACGUUGAGCGCCAAGAUAUUCCUAAAGAAGUACGUAUCAUAGCACAGGAAGUGCAAAUCGUGCGUUCGCUGGCUUGCAAUGAUCUCAACAAACGUAAUCGCCAAAUACGGAAGCUGCGCAAAUGGCUACAAUUACGUGCACGAAGCUCAUUUCCAUUCACAGAGGAGGAUUUUCUACGUAUCUGGAAGGGGUUAUACUACAAUAUGUGGAUGUCAGAUAAACCAUUGGUUCAAGAAGAUUUAGCUGAACAAUUGGGCAAAUUAAUUGAAUGUUUCGAAGGGGAUGUAGCAACUAGUGUGAAUUUUUUCGGCGCGUUCAUGAAAACUAUGUGUAAUGAAUGGUUUGGCAUUGAUCAAUGGCGUUUAGACAAAUUCAUGAUGCUUGUACGACGAAUGCUGCGUUACAUGUUUCGUGUUUUGAGAGGUGAUGGUUGGACAAAAGAUUCUAUCACACUAUUCAAUGAACAUAUGAAUUUGACUGUUUUGGCUGCUGUUAGUCCUGCUAUCGGCUUGACGAUGCAUUAUCUUGACAUUUUCUUCGAAGAAUUGGCAAAAGUAGCUGAUGGAAAGAUUAACGAAGAACAAGUGGGCUACUUCGUUGUGCCGUUUGUAACCUAUUUAGCUAAAGGCCGUAAUGCUAAACUAGUAGCGCACUGCCGCUCACAAGUGUUGCAGCAUUUACUGUUUCAAAGCUCUUUGGGUCGUGAAUACACAGACAAGUUUAAUGCAUGGAAAGAAAUGGGUUUCCCCACAGAAUCCAUCAACGACUUGGAAUUAGUUGAGAACGAGGCUGACGGAGAAGCUGAAGACGGUGACGAGGAUGCAGGCGCAGAAUCACAAUCCAAAGAGACACACUUGGAUCCACGUGCAGGAAAUGUUGAUGUAUUCAUGCCUGAGCUACCAUUAAAUGCUAAAUAUGUGAUUGAUGAAUUGGAAAGACUUUUAUAUAAAGAUGGUGAUGUUAGCACAAAAAUUAGAAAAAGUUUGCGUAAGCAACUGAAAAAUUUCCAAACAUAUCAAGAAGGUAAAUUCCCCUUGGGUGUGAAGUAUAUGCCACGUUUUAAGGCAGAGAAUGAAAAACCAUUGAUGAAAGACAAAAUAGAAAAAUUAGAAAAUGUAGAAAAUGAACUGUUUGGUGUUGGACGUAAACUAAAGCAGCUGAACAAAAGAAAGCGACGCAAGCUGCUCAAAUCACUGAACUUUACCGAAGUCGACGAAUCGAAUUAUGACCAAACUAUUCUGAAAGCUUUGCCGAAGCAAUAUCUAAAGGAACGUAAGAGGAAAUCGGAUGCGUUCAUGAGUAACUGGGUAGAAGAAGAAUUAGGAACAGAAGAUCUAUUGCCGAAUAAAAAACAGAAAAAGAAGAAGAAUACCGAAUCGAAAUCUAACGGAUUCACCGAGCUGGAAGCAGAAGAAAGUAGCAAUAUCGACAAUUCUAAAGAUGAGGAACAAAGUUUAGUCGAAACAAACGUCGCGGCACAAAACGACAAAAUAGAGAAAGAAACAAAGCAAAAAACUCCCAAACGUAAAGAAGUAGAUGCCGCACAACCCACAAACUUAGAGAAAAAUGCAGAAAAAGUUGCUACCAAAACCAAAAAACAAAAGGAAGUACCAACUAAAGACACCAAUUCUGAGUGGGAUACACCAUUGGCAGAAGGUGAAAUCGAAUACUUUAUACCAUCGCGAAAAGCACAAUUGAAAAAUGCCAAUGCAAACCUUGUACCCAAUCCUUUGGCGAAGAAAUCGCAAAGCAACGCAUCAACGCCUGUGAAUGCAAAGAAAGCCACGAGUGCAGCCAACAACGCAACACCAACGGGCAGCAUAAAACGUGUAAAGAUCGCACUUAAACACAACACUGCGCAAAAUCCGAGCGAGUACAUAAAGCAGAUUAAAAGUUCACCGAAAUUGCCAUAUGAUGCAGACAAGAAGCCCGGCAAAGGCUUACUGAAACCGAACUCAAUGCCUAGUCCAAUUAAUCCAUUUUAUAAAAAGAAAAUUGGUUUACGCCUAGCUAAUGAUACGAUUUGAACUGCGUGUGCGCGGGGAUAUUGGCGUGAAGGUUUUUAUAUUUAAAUUCUGUAGAAAUUAAGUAAAUUAAACUCAUAAUACAUAUAUACACAAAUGUAUUAGUUUCAUAAUUGAAUUGUCUCAAUUGAAUACAAAGAAAUAAAUGCGUGUA